GUACCCCCCUUCCUCAUUGGUUCUCUCUUUCACGCACACUCACUAACGCAUUUUUUCUCUAUCUCUCUCUAUUCUUCACCCGAAACUCUCUAUUUUCUCAUGGGUUCGGAUAGAGAGAGAGAAAGCUGCAACUCUCGCCACUUCGCAUGGCUCAUGAAGUCAUGCUUCCCCAACCCAAACGACGCCGUCGCGAAACUCGCGUCACCGCCGCAAUCCCACCGUAACUCCCCUGUACCCGCAACCACCAUAUCCUCCCUCCCCGAUGACAUCGUUUUAGACUGCCUCUCCCGCGUGCCCACCUCCUCCCUCCCCGCCCUCUCCCUCGUCUGCCGCCGCUGGUCGCGCCUCCUCAGCUCCCCCGACUUCUCCGACCUCCGCCGCCACCGCCUCCUCCUCCGUCACACCGCCGUCGCCAUCGCCGGCACCAAUCUUGGCCUGUCCUCCGCCACGCUCCUCGACGGCGCGUGGCACCCCUCCCUCUUCGUCCCUUGCUACGACGCACACUCUCUAGAUAAUUUCCACUCCUUACUCGCCCACGCGCGCGCGUGCUCCGUCGGUCCGAGAAUUUACCUCGUCGGAAGAAACAACACCUUGCUAUACGACACGUGGACCGCUACGGUCUCCACCCGCGCAUCCAUGAUCUUCCCGCGCAAAAAGUUCGCCCUCGCCGCCGUCGGUGGAAAAAUCUACGUUUCCGGCGGAAGUUCUGGAACCUCCGCUGUCGAAGAAUAUGAUCCCGAGACUGACACGUGGAGCGUGGUUUGCAACGCGCCGAGGAAGAGGUAUGGCUGCCUUGGAACAUCUUUCCAAGGGGUAUUCUAUGUCAUUGGCGGGUUGAGAAUUGGCGCCACGGAACAGAAUUUACCGAAUUUGUUCCCACGUGCUUCUCGCGGAGUUGAGGCUCACGCAGCGUACGCCAGCUCGAUGGAUUUGUUCGACGUGGAGGCGCGCGUGUGGCUCCGGAGUCGGACCGUACCCGGUGGAGGCUGCGUGGUGGCGGCUUGUGCUGCGGUCGGGUGCGUGUAUGUACUCACUAGCCAUGCGGUGGAGCUUUCAUUUUGGAGUUUUCACGCCCGACGAAAAAAUCACAACAAUUAUAAUGGUAAUGAUAAUUACAAUAAUAAUGUGUUUGGAGAAUGGUGUAGGAUAAAGAGCCCGCCGCUACCGGCGCAAGUUAGAGUGGACAGUAGAAUUAGGUUUAGUUGUGUGGGAAUUGGGGAUAAGGUGAUUUUAAUUCAAAGUUUGAAUGAAGUGAGAGGAGUUAAAGAAGGGUUUGUUUUUGUUUAUGAUUGCGUCGCCGAAGAGUGGGGGAGAGGGGUGGAUUUGCCGGAGGUUUAUCGACGCGCUGCCUAUGUGGGUGUGGAAUGCUAAAUUGCGCCGUUCAUGUGGCAUCAUUGUAGUGUGACCAGCAGACAAUGGUGCGUAAGGGAUCAUAGGAUUGGGUGUACCUAAGGUUGUGGUCCCACGCAUGAGUUGGGUUAGUCUUUGGGAAUGAGCUAUUGUGAUUGGCUUGUUGUCUGAAUUUUUAUUCUUUUUAUUGAAAGAAUUAAAGAAUCAUUCACAUUUAUUGUUAAUGAAUGUAUUAUCAUUAUGCUAGGAAUCUUUAGUUUUUGUUUUUCUAGAGUUUGAAAUAUUUUUACUAUCUUGACCACCUGCAUCAGGAAGACUAUUUUGAUUCUAGUCAAGUCAUAGUCUUUUUGUGUUUUUAUUUGCUGAAGUAGAAAAUUCACAA